UUAACCUAAAAAUGUAGUUAACAUUUCGUACUUUUCCUUUGGCAAGUAAGUUCUAAAACGAAGUUUGAACUAGUAUUUGUUAUCCGUUCACAGAUUAAAGGGGCUGUUUUAGAUCCGGAGUGUAACAUCGAAUCCAAAAUGAAUACUGAAUUUAUGACCCAGGAGCUGGACAUAUUCUGCUCAACAACAGCGAGGCUGUACUAUGACGAGGCUUGUCUCCAGGUGGAAAACCCUCUCAACGUAACCUUGACUCUUCUCAGACAAACAGCUCUUUGCCACAAGUGCCAACUAAAGUUCUGGACGAAUAUAAACCCCAUGGGAACUUUACACCUUGUAGUGACUGUGAACGCACCGACCAUCAUCUCUUACAGAGACAUCAGUCGCAGUGACCAAUCAUGUGUGAUUACAUAUCAGUUUGGACCUCAAGGAUUGUACCGUUAUGUCCUGGACUUCAGCUGUGACUACGUCCAUGUCUCCAGGCAACCUGAAACCAUUUUCUUUGAUCUUCUGGUUUUUCUCGUCUUAUGUCUAAUAGUCUGCUUCGCCUAUUUUACACUGAGACACUUUGAAGUCUUUCUACGAGCCCAACAUUGGAUGGAGAAGAGGCUCUACGCAGAAAAAUCUAUGGUGCCAUCUGCAGACGUUGAGCUGAAGGAUAAUCAAACUCCUUCAUUUACUCAGGCUGUCUCGGAAGUGGAGAUAUUCAGGAAAACUGUCUUUGAUGAGGAGACCAAUACAGAGAAAACGAUGGAAUUUUCGUCAAGAGGCGUGAAUACAAGUCCAAGCAUUCAGGAAGUUGAAGAUGUGGAACCGAAAUCACUUGAAUUUGUGGAAUUUGAAGCCUUACUAGUGUUUAGAGGGCUGGUGGUGUCACUGUGGAUAUUUUUCAACGUAGAAGCUCAAACUGUACCAUUGCUACAGAAAUCACCAUGGGAUGGUCUAAAAAUGUACGAUCUACGAAUUGGCUGGUUCUACUGGGCGUUGGCAGCCUCCUUCUACCUCCACUACCACUUGAGUCUGAGCCGAGGGGAAAGCCGCAAGAGGGUGUUUCUGCGAGGUGUACUUCUCCGGUCCGCCAUAUACUGUGUAGCUGGACUCUGCUACAACCACACAAACAACACCUCUAUCAAAGGACAAGACUUCCAGCCCCAGUUUCCUCCUAUUAAUAAGCUUAGGAUAUUUGGCAUUCUGCAGAGAGUAGGGCUGGCACAGCUGGUCACUUCAGGAGUGGAAGUCUGCGUCAUGUCUAGGACUAUCAAGCGUGGUCCUCUUCGAGAUUUGAAGGAAUCUUGGCUUCAGUGGCUAGUCUGUGUGGUACUAGUGACUCUACACACCAGUAUUACCUACUUGCUGCCGUUCCCCGACUGCCCCACUGGAUACACUGGCCCAGGAGGUUUUCACGAUAACGCCUCAGCAGUAGAUUGCACUGGUGGUGUCUCCCAGUACAUUGACCGUGCGAUUGUUGGAAAAGACCGGUUACUACCAGUAAGGGUAUUAGAGCAGGCUUAUCCUGUGUAUGAUAUACCGCGCAGGUUUGAUCCUGAUGGGCUACUCGGGACUUUGACCACAUGUUUUCUGUUGGCGUUGGCGAUGCAAGCCUCCCGCAUUUUCAUCCUUUUCCAUCGGCACCUUGACAGAAUCAUGCGGCUGGUGUGUUGGGCUUCUUUACAGCUGUUGGUGGGAGGUGUGCUCUGCGGUUUCCAACAGUAUGAUGGUCCUAUUCCGAUCAACAGGUAUCUGAUGUCUGUCUCUUACGUGUUGGUUGCCAGUGGCCUCGCUUACCUUGUGUUACUUGUACUGUAUCUUCUCACCUCUGUAUGGAGCAUAUGGUCUGGAUUUCCCUUUAUCUACAGUGGCAUCAACAUCCUUGUGGUAUUUUAUGGAAGUCUGGUAUUCCACCACACCUUCCCGUUCGUAUGGCAAAUCCCGCCUGAGAAUUCAGACACCAGCAGAGAGUAUCUGGUGGUAGCUGGCUGGAAUCUCUGCGUCUGGCACUUCGUCUGCUACCAGCUCCUGAAGCAUGCUAUUGUCUGUCCGGUCUGAUUAAACUCAUUUGAAUGUAAAAUACACCUCAUUUUUAUUUAAUCUAACUAAGAAAUAAUUUAUUGCUUCUUUUAUGUUGGCCCUUCCUUGACAGGAAAAGAACACUUGUAAAAGAAACAAACUUAUGGUGACCACGUCAGGCAAACAAACCUAGUAUCUUGAUAACACACACAUUCUGUAACUUGGUUCUAGUUACUAGUAUCAAGAGUCUUUGACUGAGAUGGUGAAAUACAAAGUUUAAUAAAAAAAUAUAACCUAUGAGCUAUAAAAUUUGCAUGCAACCUCAGCGAAGCCAGUUGUGUGGCUCGUAGUAUGGCGUAUUCCUAUCUUUAUCACAGGCAUGUGUUUUUGAAUGGUUUAAGAUGGUAGAGAAGAUGUUGAAAUAAUCCAAGAACGUGUUACCCUUCAACAUCAAAAACAGAUGAAAAUGUUGAAAAAGUCUGUAAUUUGAUUACAUUUGACCAUCAAUUAAGUAUUCUUGCAAUUGUUGAAACUGUAGGAAUUGAUAAAUAACGUGUAUGGUACAUUUUAAUUAACAAUUUUAACAUACAAAAAGUGUGUGCUAAAAUGGUGCCAAAUUCUAAAGUUUGAACAAGCUCACAAAAAUAUUUGUACUAACACUUUGUACGCGAUUGGAAAUGACCCAAAUUGUUUAGAAACGAUAAUAACAUGUAAUGAAACGUGGUUUUUUUUUACUUAUGAUCCGGAAACCAAGUGCCAAUCCAUGCACUGGUAGAGCCCAACUUCACUGAGAACCAAAAACUAUAGAAUGAGCAAGUCAAAAUUUAAAGCAAUGAUAACUCUUUUUUUAUAUCUACGGGAUUGUGUACCUUCACUGAUGUUCAAACAAUUAAUUAAUAUUACUACCUUAAAGUACUUUUCAAACCAUGUCGAAAAGUAGGGAAAAACUCUCCGAAAUGUGGAAAGACAAAUCAUGAAUUCUCUAUAACAAGACAAUGCACCAACCAGCUCAUUUCGCGUUAUCUGUUAAGAGGUUCCCAGCCAAGUAUUGCAUCCUAGCGUUACACCCAUCCAUCCACCUUAUUCAUCAGAUCUUACACCAUGUAAUUCUACUGUUCCAUUAGUUAAAUCUGCAUUAAAAGAGACAAGAUUUGAGACUGUGAAAGCUUUAAAGAAGAAAGUGGCACAUGUCCUGAAGGAGUGACAGAAGAUGGCUUCCAGUACUGUUUCCAACAAUGGAAGAUUCACAUGAAGCGUUGUAGGGAUGUAGAAGGAGUGUAUAUUGAAGAUAACAAUAAGUGAUUAUGUAUAAAAU